GUCACUCCGAUGGAUUUGACUGUAUUCAUCCGUGCAAACGCAACAUCAACAAUGUGAAAACUGAGAGAGGUGGGGAAUCGGAGAAGAAAUUAGCGGAAGAGUCGAACAAGAAAUCACCUCCAUCUCCAUGUCAAGGGGCCCGCAAUAUAAGAAAAAUCGUCCUUUACUGGUUCAUUUCUGAAAAAUUUUCUCACUGCGAAGUGCAAAACCCUUAAUUUUUUUGAGAGGGCUAUCCUUCUUGAAGCCAAAGCUGCAGUCAUAAAUUGUGUAUGUAAAUGAUAUAUCACGUAGGCAUAGCUGCUGCAUCAAUGGCGACGCCCUCCGUCUUCAGGGCAGAGCAACCCUUGGCUCCCGAUCUCUCUCAUGAGAGCUCCAUUUUCAGAGGCGCUCCGGCCUCUCACCGCCGCGAUCUCGUGUUCGUCGUCAACCCCAGAGGUGCUAAUGGUAGGACGGUAAAGGAAUGGAAGAAGCUACUGCCAUAUCUGAGGUCUCAACUCGGUGGAGAUUGUAAUAUAUGCGAAUCUUUUACUUCAGGUCCUUCUCAUGCAAUUGACAUAACAAGGGAGGCUAUACGUGAGGGCGCUGAUGCUGUGAUUGCUGUUGGAGGUGAUGGAACUCUUCACGAGGUUGUUAAUGGCUUCUUCUGGGCUGGAAAACCUGUUAACCAUCAUGAUGAAAAGGUUAUUCAUUCAACUGCACUUGGUCUUAUUCCCUUGGGGACUGGAUCUGAUUUUGCCAGAACCUUUGGCUGGAAAAAUGACCCUCAUGAAGCCAUUGAACGCAUAGUCAGAGGGCUGAGAUCACGGAUUGAUGUUGGUGCUAUUACUGGAGAAAGUGGCGAAACUCAUUACUUCAUCAAUGUUGCUGAUAUUCAUUUGAGUGCAAAGGCUGGUUAUUAUGCUGCAAGAUACAAGAAAUUUGGAAACUUGUGUUACGUUAUUGGUGCUUUGCAGGCCUUCAUGGGUCACCAGAACCGGGACCUUAGGAUCAAGGUCAACGAUGGUGAGUGGGAAACAUGUCCUCAAGUAACAGCCCUUUGCAUUGGCAAUGCAAAAUUCUUUGGUGGGGGCAUGAAGAUAACCCCAAAUGCUAAUCCUGGCAGUGGAAAUUUUGAGGUUGUGAUUCUUCAAGACUUCAAAUGGUAUGACUUUGUCCUAAAACUACACAAGCUGUACAAGGGGACACAUUUAUCGGUGCAAAAUGUAACUUCAAGAAGUGUACAUUCUAUUGAAGUGGAGGAAAUUGGAGGCUGUGGCAGCAUCUAUGUUCAGUCUGACGGGGAACAUUUGGGGCACCUUCCAAGGAAGUUCCAUAUUUUACCUGCCGCUAUUGAGAUGAUUUGCUGAUACGAGCUCCCUUAAACAUCUACUAACUGUACAUGUUUCUUCUACUCAUUGUUGAAAGUGAUGCAUUGAUGCGUCUCCCCGUCACCAGUUUUUGGACUUCUUGUGGCUGACUUGGUUUUGGUGGGUGUUCCUGCAACAGGGGAAGCUAAAUGACAAUGAUGCAGCAGCAGUUGCACAGCAGGGGAAAUUGGCAUGCGUGUAUGUGAAUGUCAGGGUUGAGAAAUAAUUUCAUGAAUGGUGCUAUAGCAAAUAUCUGAGACGUUUUAAUGCAACAGAUGUUGCAAAUUAGAAGCCAGCCUGCAGGGUUCCUCUAUGGUUGUAAGCGAAUAGUCGUUUGAUGCUUUAAGCAGAAAUCCUUCAUAAAUCCACAAAUUUGAGUUUACUAAUCUAUAACUUUGUUUCUUACAAAUUUUGGAUUGCAAUGCUUUGGGUAUUGUAACUGUAAUUUAGAAUUUCUUUAUUUUGGCAGGAGAUUAUUUAUUAACUUACAAUGGAAUCUUGUGCAAGUUUCUCAAUAUAUUGGAUGAAGGGAAUGUGUUGGUUUGA